UGGUUGUAUAUGGUUAUCCUUGAUUGUUCAUCAGUAUAAAGUUCUCGUUUGAAUAUUCAAAUAAGUUCCUCACAACAUUAUAUGUAUAUGAAUUACAGAGGAUAUAUAGUUGAUUUCACAACAUUUAUAUUACAGUAAUAAAAUAGCAGCUGCUUCCUUCCUUUCUCAUUCUACAUUUUACCACAAAUUAAAUAAAAAUGUCAUUACUUGAAGACUUGAAAAGCCUACUGAUACCCUUUGGUGAUAUUAAAGAAGCCACUAAAAACUUCACUACAGAAAUUGGGAAGGGUGGAUAUGGCCACGUUUACAAAGGAGAACUCUUACUUUCUGGUAAACUUACCACCGUUGCUGUCAAGCGAUUACAUGAUUUACCGGUUGGCAUUUCCGGUCAAGGGCUUAAGGAGUUCUUAACAGAGCUUCAGUUGCUCACUCGUUAUAAACACCCAAACCUCAUCUCCCUUAUUGGUUUUUGCAACGAAGGUGAAGAAAAUAUUUUGAUUUAUGAGUACGCCAAACAUGGAAGCCUAGACAAGUACUUAAGUACUGCAGAAAGUAGGCGUACGCUGACAUGGAAGAGACGGUUGGAUAUAUGUGUCGAUGCAGCCCGCGGUUUGAACUUUCUUCAUAAUGAGGCAGCUGCAAAUGAAAGAGUUAUCCACAGGGAUAUCAAAAGUGCAAAUGUUUUGUUAGAUGAAAAUUGGAAAGCAAUGAUAUCAGAUUUGGGACUUUCAAAAUUAGGUCGUGCUAAUGAGAAUGUCACUUAUCUCAUUACCAACGCUUGUGGAACAGAUGGUUAUUGUGAUCCAGUAUAUAGGAAGUCAGGGAUCCUUACAAAAGAAUCAGAUGUCUAUUCUUUUGGUGUCGUUUUGUUUGAAGUCUUAUGCGGGAGGCUGAGUUUUAUAGAUGUACACAAUGAAAGCCGGUUUCUACCUGAAUUAGCCCAAAGCUGCUACAAAAAGGGUCAAAUAAAUGAGAUUAUGGAUCCAGAAUUGCAAAACCAGGUUGACUCGGAUUCUUUAAAAAAGUUUUCACAGAUUGCAUUUAAAUGCAUACACAAUACUCGUAAGCAACGACCCUCAAUGCGUUGGGUGUUAAAAAAGCUCGAGGAACUUGAAAAAAUAUUGCAUUCACAAUUAUAUUUACAACAACAGAAGCAGCGGCAGCAAGAGAAAAUUUGGGGUGCAAGUAGUGCCGGUGAUGGGAGCAUGUCAAUCUCAUUUAGAGGAAACGAUCAGGCUGGAAGAAAAAGAAAGCAGCCCGUGUCAUUAUUGGAUGACAUUGUGGAAGAUGGAUCUUUUGAUGAUAAUGUCCAUGCUUUAUUAUCUCACGAUGAUACGGAUAUGAGAGAUACGGUCGAUGUGAGCAAAGUAUCAGAUUUUACAUUUACGGAGGUCAAUUCAGUUCGUGCUAGUCAAAGCAAGGUUGUUUGUUGCCAUUUCUCGUCAGACGGUAAAUUGCUUGUUAGUGGUGGCCAUGAUAAAAAGGCUGUCCUGUGGUACGCAGAUUCUUUAAAGCCAAAGACGACUCUUGAAGAGCAUACGUCAUUAAUCACAGAUGUGCGUUUCAGCUCAAGCGUAUUGCCACGCCUUGCCACAUCGUCCUUUGAUAAGUCAGUCCGUCUUUGGGAUGUUGACAAUCCUGGGUAUUCUCUCCGUAUCUUUAUGGGGCAUUCUGCUUCGGUGAUAUCACUGGAUUUCCAUCCAAAUAAAGAUGACCUCAUAUGUUCAUGUGACGGGGAGGGGGAGAUACGAUAUUGGAGUGUAGAUAAAGGUAGUUGUGCUCAUGUGUUCAAGGGAGCAACGACACAGGUGAGAUUCCAGCCACGUCAUGGAAGAUUUCUCGCAGCAGCUGCAGAAAACAUUGUAUCUAUACUAGAUGUUGAAACUCAAGCUAUUCUAUAUACACUACCAGGAUUAAAUCAGUUGCGGCCUGGUCUGAUGCAACAGCACAAGUCUUUCAUGCAAGACUCCCAACCAUUCCAUCGGCUAAAAAGGCCCCUUACUAACCGCAGCAUGAGUUUGGAUAUACCAAAUGAUGGAUCCAAAUCCCCAAUUUCGUUAUAUUUACAACUACAACAACAACUACAACAACAGAAGCAGCGGCAGCAAGAGAAAAUUUGGGGUGCAAGUAGUGCCGGUGAUGGGAGCAUGUCAACCUCAUUUAGAGGAAACGAUCAGGCUGGAAGAAAAAGAAAGCAGCCCGUGUCGUUAUUGGAUGACAUAGAUCAUUUUUUGGAAAAUGUCCAUCCUUUUUUAUCUCAUGAUGAUACGGAUAUGAGAGAUACGGUCGAUGAGAGCGAAGGAUUUACAUUUACGGAGGUCAAUUCUGUUCGUGCUAGUGCAAGCAAGGUUGUUUGUUGCCAUUUUUCGGCAGAUGGUAAAUUGCUUGCUAGUGGCGGCCAUGAUAAGAAGGCAGUCGUGUGGUACACAGAUUCUUUAAAGCCAAAGACAAUUCUCGAAGAUCAUACAUCAAUGAUCUCAGAUGUGCGUUUCAGUUUAUCUUCACGCCUUGCCACAUCGUCCUUUGAUAAGUCAGUCCGUCUUUGGGAUGUUGACAAUCCUGGCUAUUCUCUCCGUACCUUUAUGGGGCAUUCUGCUCCAGUGAUAUCACUGGAUUUCCACCCAAAUAAAGAUGACCUCAUAUGUUCAUGUGAUGGGGAGGGGGAGAUACGAUAUUGGAGCGUAAAUAGCGGUAGUUGUGAUCGUGUGUUUAAGGGAGCAACGGCACAGGUGAGAUUCCAACCACAGCAUGGAAGAUUUCUCGCAGCAGCUGCAGAGAACAUUGUAUCUAUACUAGAUGUUGAAACUCAAGCUAUUCUAUAUACACUACCAGGUUAUACAAAACCAAUCAAUUCUGUGUGCUGGGACCCGAGUGGUGAGUAUUUGGCAUCAGUUAGUGAUGACUCUGUUCGGGUGUGGUCUCUUACGGCAGGAAAUGAAGGAGAGUGUGUGCAUGAUCUUAGCUGUAGUGGCAAUGAGUUCCACUCGUGCGUUUUCCAUCCUAGUUAUGCUUCGCUGUUGGUCAUUGGAUGUUAUCAGUCUUUGGAGCUAUGGAACAUGCCCGAGAACAAAACCAUGACUUUAUCGGCUCAUGAAGGGUUGAUCGCGGGUUUGGCAAUGUCUACCAGGACAGGAAUGUUAGCCUCGGCUAGCCACAAUAAGAUUGUUAAAGUGUGGAAGUGAAUAUAUUGUAAAACAGUAAAAGACAAUACAAACAUGUUGUAUGAUCACACCCUGUUUCUGUAAUCCUAUGUUUUCCUUCUUUUUUUCCCCUU